AUCUGUCUGUUAGUGCUGCUGAGAUUGAUGGAGGGAGAGAGAAGAAGAAGAAGAAGAAGAAGAAAAAGAGCUUCUGGAAGUGGACCGCUCUUCACUUUCCUUGCAGUGGAGCUGGAACAUAUAAUCUGGCCGAAGCCGAGGAGAAAUACUGGAUAGAGGCGGGAACACAGUGGAGAGAUAGCGAUGAUCCAGCUCCUGAAGACCUCCUUGCUGCUGAGGAACAGCAGAAACACAGCGUCCUGGACAAGAGCCAUAUUUGCAGACAAUAUAAAAUCGGCUGCAAGCUGGGUGAAGGAGGGUUUGGCCUUGUGUAUGAAGGGACUCGCCGCAAGGAUGGACUUCAGGUGGCUAUAAAGUUUUCAAAUAAGAUGCCAACCAUGACAUCUAUCAGAAUGCCUGGUCAUCCCAAACGUCUGCCAAUGGAGAUUGGCCUGAUGCUCAUGGCCAACAAUGGACCCACCGUUUCCCAGAUCAUUAAGCUGCUUGACUGGGAGGAUGACACAGAUCACUACGUGAUAAUCAUGGAGCGACCAGUGCCUUGCGUGGAUUUGUUUAGUUUUGUGAAACUCUGUGGAGGAAGCCUUGAUGAGGGCAAGGCACAAAGUAUUAUGUGGCAAGUCAUUGAAGCCGCUAAAACUUGCUGUGAUCGUGGCGUCUUCCAUCGUGAUAUAAAACUACAAAAUCUUCUGGUGAACCAGGACACCAUGGAGGUCAAAUUUAUUGACUUCGGGUGCGGUGCAGUCAUGAAGAAAUCUGCCUUCAAAUCCUUUAGUGGCACGAGAACGUACUGUCCACCUGAGUUUGAAGCCAAAGGCAGGUACCAUGCAAAGCCGACCACAGUCUGGACUCUUGGGAUUCUUCUGUUCGUAAUGGUGUGCGGCCAUUUUCCCACAUACCUCGAUCUGAGCUUGAUCAGUGAGAACAACUGGAUCAGACCUAUCCUGUCAUAUGAAUGCUGCCAGUUGAUUUGUGAUUGUCUGCAGCCUAAUCCACAGAAGAGGCUCAGUCUGGACAAGAUGCAUCUCCACGACUGGUUUGAGGUCACAGAGUAAAACACAAAGAACCUCAGAAAACAACUCCUGUCAUGGCCACCCUGUUGUUCUCAGGCAGAUUUGCGUCUGGCGGACUGACCAUCAGUCCACUCCGGCCUUAGCUUAUUACAGGCCUGCAAGUCCUUCUAGCAUCUGCCGACUUGACUUUUAAUUGU